UUUAAAAAUGACAAAUAUGUAGAUUUACUAAGUAAUUGAACAAAUUUUUUGAAAGUUUUGUGUAUAAUUUUUGACAAGUGAAUUUAAUUAAAGAAACUUCUACAUAACUAUUACAAUUACAAAUAUAGAUUCCUAUCGAUAUCAAAUUUAUAAUAUGAAACCGCCUAUAGAGCCAAACAGAGAAGAUUGCUGUAAUAGUGGUUGUAACCCAUGUAUAUUUGAUAUUUACGAAAAGCAGUUAGCUAUAUAUAAAAAAUAUCAAGAAACUGGCGAGAAAUCAGAUAUGUAUUUACAAAAUGCUAUUUCGCAGACGGAAUAUACAACAUUUAUUGUUAUUUCUAAUACUGAAAUAUGUGUUUCACAUAAUCUUAUUUUAUUAAAGAAAAUGCCAAAUACUAAUAGUCAAACAGUAGUCUGGAAUCCUGGAGAUCAUUUCCUUGUUAAAUAUAACUCUGUCCCAUGUACUAGAGCUUACACUCCUGUAAAAUUAAAAAGACAAAACCAUGAUGACUUUGAUUUCUCUAUAAUAGUAAAAAAGUAUACACAUGGUUUAGUAUCUAAUUAUUUAUGUGAUUUAAAAUCUGGAGAUGAAACAUUGUGGCGGGGUCCAUAUGGUUUCUAUGAAGUGACUCGUAAUAAGUUUAAUAGAAUCAUCAUGGUUGCUCAAGGCACUGGUAUAUUGCCCUUUGUAUCUAUUAUUGAAAAAAUUUUAUCUGAUGAAGAUGACAUGACUAAAUUAGUGCUAUACUAUUGCUGUCAGAAUAUAAGUACAGUUCUUUUCAGAGAUGAACUUUAUACUUACCAAUGUUAUUGGAAUUUUACAUAUAAAAUAUUUAUAAAUGAUGUACCUGAAAAGACCUGUCACAAAUAUAGAGAACCAAUAACAAGUCAUAAAUUGCAUUUUAAAGAUGUAAUUGAACUAGAACCAUUCUCAAUUCAUGAUCAGUUCAUGAUAUGUGGCUCAUCAAAGUUCAUUAAAGAUUAUGAAACAUUUCUAAAAAAUGAAAACGGAUUCCCAGGAAAUAUAAUUCUAUUUUAAUAUAAACUUAUACAUCCUUCAGUGAGUCGCCUUGCAAAAUAGAUUAGGGUAAUGAGAAUGAUGAAUGGCCUUCCAUAUUAAAAUUUUGAUGUAUAAAAUAGUUAUUUUAUAAAGGAUGAAAUUAGGCAAACCUAUUGAUCAAGGGCAUACUUAUCUAACAAAAUGUUUCAUUAAGUAGUCUUAGCACUAUGUUCCCACAUUUAAUUUUUAUGUUUCAAUAACUUGAAUAAUCAAAAAAUAGCUCUAACAAUUUGACUCUUAUAUUUCUGGAUAAAAAAAUGUAAACUAAUGUUUUUAAGAUUUUUGUGUGUAGAUAAACUAAAAAUAAGUGAUUCUAAAAAUUCUUUCACCUCUAUACAAAGCUAUCGGCAAGUAACAUGGGCUAUAUAUUUUUAUUUUAAGUCCAUGUGAAGUCAAAACAGGUUCCAAGUAUCAAAUAAAAAUGUAACUUUCACAACAUUUUUGUGGAAAUAGGUCACAUAGAAUCAGCAAUAGGUUAUAAGAAAUAUUUUUCUUCACAUAUUUUCAUGAAAUCUAAUAAUUUAUAAUUUUGUUUCAAACAAAUAAAGUUGUUUGAAACAAACAACUUCAGUCAUGAUAAAAUUAAUUAGGUACAAAGUUAUAUAGCAUACUGACAAGGUAAACUGAAGAAAAAUAAUUCAGAAUUGGCUAACAUAUGCCAUAACAUGAAACAUAAAUAUAAUUAAGUAAAUAUGUGGUUUCAUUUUUAAUAGUAGAUGUGUUUUUUGUUAAGUAUAUCUAAUUGAAAAUAUUUUUUACCUAAGGUGUUGCAUAUA